AUGGGCGACAUGGCCAAUAGUUCCAUCGAGUUCCACCCCAAGCCCCAGCAGCAGCGGGAUGCCCCCCACGCUGGAGGCUUUGGGUGCACGCUGGCAGAGCUGCGUGCCCUCAUGGAGCUGCGAGGGGCCGAGGCACUGCAGAAGAUCGAGGAGGCCUAUGGAGAUGUCAGCGGGCUCUGCCGGAGGCUGAAGACCUCACCCACAGAGGGCCUGGCAGACAACACCAAUGACCUGGAGAAGCGCAGGCAGAUCUACGGGCAGAACUUCAUCCCCCCCAAACAACCCAAGACCUUCCUGCAGCUGGUGUGGGAGGCCCUGCAGGACGUGACCCUCAUCAUCCUGGAGGUGGCUGCCAUCGUGUCUCUGGGCCUCUCGUUCUAUGCGCCGCCGGGAGAGGAGAGUGAAGCCUGCGGGAAUGUGUCAGGAGGCACAGAAGAUGAGGGUGAGGCCGAGGCUGGCUGGAUAGAAGGGGCUGCCAUCCUGCUGUCUGUCAUCUGUGUGGUGCUGGUCACAGCCUUCAAUGACUGGAGCAAGGAGAAGCAGUUUCGAGGCCUGCAGAGCCGAAUUGAGCAGGAGCAGAAGUUCACAGUCAUCCGGAACGGGCAGCUCCUGCAGGUCCCCGUGGCUGCGCUGGUGGUGGGGGACAUUGCCCAGGUCAAGUACGGUGACUUGCUGCCAGCCGACGGCGUGCUCAUCCAGGCCAAUGACCUCAAGAUCGACGAGAGCUCCCUGACGGGCGAGUCUGACCAUGUGCGCAAGUCAGCCGACAAAGAUCCCAUGCUGCUGUCAGGCACCCAUGUCAUGGAAGGUUCUGGAAGAAUGGUGGUGACCGCCGUUGGCGUGAACUCACAGACAGGCAUCAUCUUCACGCUGCUUGGAGCUGGCGGAGAGGAGGAAGAGAAGAAAGAUAAGAAAG